AUGAUCGAGAACAAUGAUGAAAACACAGCUGUCAAAAUCACAGUACCAUACCUUGCCUUUGGUUGGAUUGGUUUGUACCGAGUGCCGUGGACUUGGGCCGAUAACAGCAACAGCUUAUUCAGAAAUUGGCAAAUUGGAGAGCCAAAUAACGGUGGUGGUACCCAGCACUGUGUGACUGAAAAUGCUCAACACAAAUGGGAUGAUAAUUUCUGUUGGAAAGAGCUCCCUUUCAUCUGCCAUGAAGAUCAUCCACCUCUGAAAUUGAACUCGACCGUGGUGAGGAUGCUGAUGCAGACUGCUGCUGACUUGGCAGAUGCAGCUACCAACACCCAGAUCCUCCAACAGCUGGGUGCAGCGCUGCAGAGUCAUGGAGGGUCUGACAUUAAGCUGCGAUGGAGGAUUCAGCCCACAAAACAAGAGAAAAAGAAACCCAAAGAAUCUCACUGCAACUGA